AUGAACGGGAAAUUUGCCAAGUGCUGGCAGCUCGUAGCUAGUGCAAUCCGUCUCAUGCUGGGACUUCAGCUGAACUGGGAGGUACCGGGGUCCAAACGACCGUUUAAAGAUCAAGAGUGUGCGAGGAGGCUCGUUUGGCAGCUCUUCAACUUUGAUCGCGUAUUCGCCGAAGGGUUUGAGGCCUACAUCUGCUGCCGGGAAGAUAAUAUGAAGAUUCGACUUCCAUGUCCCGAGGACGCCUUCAACGCCAACAAAGAGGUUCCAGUUGAGCACCUGAAUGACCGACCGAUAAAGUCUUCCGGCCCUCCUGGUCUGCACGGGUACCAAAUCAAAGUGGUGAAUAUCCGCCAUCACGUUUUAACGAUGUCGAAGAAGUUUGCUUCCGGACCCGCGUACCUCCAGCGGGAAAGGUGGGAGCCAUCCAAGGUUAUGGAGGAUGUGAGGAAGUUGCAGCUGGAGCUAUCAAGGUUUAGCAGCUCGUUACCCGACCCCAUGAAACUUACCGACCAAAACAUUAUGCAGUGGAUACCGUCCAAGGAGAGGCAGGUGUUCGUUUUAAUCCACGGUCUCUUAUGUACAGCACACAUCGAUCUCUAUCGCUUCUCACUUCCAGGCAUCCGAGAACGCGGUACGCCCGACCUCUUGAAGAAGCUCCCGCAUGACUUCAUUGUCAAGUCGCAGAAGCAAGCCAUUGCGCACGCCAUAACACUCGCACGUUUUUGGGAGACCGUGCACGGGCAAAUGAAGGUGCUGCAUCGCGAUCGGAUUGUCCUGGUUGGGGAUUACAACAUCGCGCCACUCAUUCAGCAAUGUGCCAAGGUCCUGAUGACGGCGAAACAGCACAAAUUGUAUCGGGAUCUAACAUCACACAGCACGGCCCCAUUAUGGCGCAACGAACUUGCGGAUGGGGCAUCGAUCCGCCGCUUGAUCGAUUCGUGUCUUCAGGUACUGCAGCCAUGGUCCAAAGUGAUACCAUCCGCGAAGUCUAGAUAUGAUGAACUAGUCAAGAGCGUUGAAGAGUUCGAUAGGACGAGCCGGUACGAAGAAGAGACGACACUCAAGUUAGCCAGCAGCGACCCAAGCUCUAUCAUGCGGCUGCCUGGACCUCACUACAUUCUCGAGAACGCCUACAUGGCCCAAGCCCAGAGGGACCAGAUGAACACCCCUCCCGCUGUUCCUCCUGCCGUCCUCGCCCGGGUCUUCGGGGCAGCACUCCAACAGGCCAAUUAUACGCACGACCCAUACACCGGCCUCGAUGCGCCGGAGGAUGACUGGCAAUCAGAGUACUGCCCCCGGGCCUACCAGGACAUCGGCUUGGGCAGCAAGGAGACCCGAGAAUGGCGCAAGGCCCCUCGGCCACUUCGCUUACUGCAUCCGGGCCUCGCAACUCCAUGCCAGCGGAGAGAUGUCGUGCUCGAUGAUGCUCCGGGGAAUGAAGAGGAAGCGUACGGCUUCGGCAUAUGCAAGCGAGAUGAGCCUGCGUGGUGA